CACGUCCACAGCACCUCCGUCACGGUGCCGUCGGGCAGCCACCGGGCUAUAGCCCGUUUCCAUCCUCCCGAUCGAGGACGUUCGAACUGCGCACACGAGCGCGUCCUGAUCGCGAGAUCGCGCGAUCGCGUCGAAUAAAAAAUGGGGGACGACGGCGAACAGCCGACGACGAUCGUCGCGGAAGACAAACUGGCUUCGAACUUGACGCUGGACAUCCUGCAGAUCGUGAAGCUGAGCCAGAACCAACACGGUCUGCGUCACGAUGACCACGGUCGUUACAGGCAGUACUGCACUCGCCGUCUCGCCCGCGUGUACAAGUCCCUGAAGUUCACCCACGGUCGAGGGAAGUAUCAAAAGAAAACACUAGAUGCAGCCAUGGUGAAGGACGAGAGGCACCUUUUGAUUCCUCUCAUGACUGCCGAGCGCGCUUGGAGCUACGCGAUGGAGCUGAAGCGUGACGCGGGCAACGAGCCGCGUAAACGAGCGCACAUGCUCAAGCGACUGAAGAAAGCGACAGUGCACGCUGCGGAACUCGUGAGCUUGUGCAACCAAGUCGGAAGCGCGCGAACCGCUCUCGAGGCUGAAGCCUAUUCGUCCUACAUAUUUGGCAGCUACCUCACGGAGCAAGAGCGGGACUGGGAUCGAGCGCUUGCUAAAUUCAUGCGAGCGCGGAAGGCGUACGAGCAGCUGGCGAGAGUCGGAGGACCGGAUCAAGCGGAGAUUUGUCGCGAACGCCUGGAAGAGCUCGAACCAAGUUUAAGAUACUGCACGUAUAAGCGUGGCAGUGGAAGCACUGGUGCCAGUGAUGCUCCUGGAUCCAUGGACGACGCCGACAUGGCAGCUCUCAAAGGAGAAGGCGGGGUAGACGAAGAGAUCUUCAAAGCCGUUCUUGCUGAAGAGGACGGGCGAGCGACGGUCACCCCAACGGCAAUGGUGUGGCGCGGGCGCGAAAUCCCGGUGCGGAACCGAGAAGCUCGCGCGUGUAUUGCAAAUGCGGUGAGCCAGCUCUCUAAAAUUGAGUCUCCGCUGACGAUGUCAGCCGAACGGGGUCUGGCAAUAUACGACAAAUCGUUUCUUUUCUACAACGACGCCCGUCAGCACCUUCGCGACGACUUAGCGUCCGCGAGUUCGUCUCAGGGCGGCGGCGGAUCUGAGUCGACUGGUAGGUUGGCGGAGAUUAAGCUCGCAGAUCGAGCGCUCGCGGUGUUGCUUUCCGAGAAAACGAUCGAGCGAAACAAAUUUCUCGUCGCGUCGGUUACUGCGAAGCUCACCGGCGAGAUCAAAGUCGAGAAAGGUGAAAAGGCGGCGAAGCCUGAAGACCUCGUCCACUUGUUCAACACACUCUUGCAAAACUACGAAGAGCUUGCGGAAAGUGGACCUGAGGUGAUGCGUGGCGUCGAGGGUGCGGAAGGUCUCGAGGAAGAAAUCCAGCUUGACUGCAUCCUAAACCAGACUCUUCUCAAAGCCCAGCGCGCAGCCGCUUUGGCGAAGGUUCACCUGGGCGCGGGGAGCCACGUCGAGGCUGCGGUGUUGUAUGCGCGAGCGGCUGAACACGCUGCUCGAGUGCAAGACCGCGCGGCAGCGGCAUCAGAGAUGAACGCGGUUGCGAGUAAAGUUCAAAUGGAAGCGCGUAGAGCUCGGUGUAUGACGCUGGCGGAUGGAAUGACCGUGCAGGUUGCCCAGCAGAAAGCACUCCGCACAGGGCUUUCCACCGUCUCCCUGGAAGAAAUCCCGGCUUCAACCUCGGGAAGUGGCGUGGAGGCGCAAUAUCUUGUCGACCAUCUCGAUCAGUACAAAUCGGCGGUAUUGGGUAAAGGAGCUAACAAGGUUCAUAUCUUGCCCAUGCCUCCCCGUAUGAACUCUGUCGGGGUUCGUCCGAUCAUGUUGGAUGUCGCGGGAGACGAGAUCUCGUAUCCAUCGCUCGAGGGGCGUGUGAAGGUGCAGAAAACUUCCGCCCUGAGGAACCUUUUCACUUUCGGGAAGCGAUAA